AUGUUAGAUAUCUGGUCAUUGGCACGACAGCAGUAUUUAGAGGAGUCUCAGAAACGAACCGCACGACAGCAAGAAAGUGCCACUUAUGCCAGUCUUAUCGGAAGCGAUUCACGAGCGAGCGAUACCCGUCUGGUUAUUUGUGGAAGCAAAAAUUGCGGAAAGACAUCAAUGAUACUACGAUUUUUGAAUCGAAAUGAGGACGCAAAAUCGACUAUUGCCUUGGAGUACAUGUAUGGAAGACGAAAUCGAGGCAAGGUGAAAGACGUUGGACAUAUAUGGGAAUUGGGAGGCGGAACAAACCUUUGCAAUCUUCUACAAAUACCACUUUCCAGCAAUUACAUACAACAAUGCUCUAUAAUGAUUGUUAUCGACUUAACUGCACCUUACGAUAUGUGGAGUACAUUUUAUACCUUACUGGACAGUGCUCGUGGAAUCGUCGACAAUGCGAUACAACAGUUUGUCAAGAAGUCAUCUGAUAGUGAUGAAGCAUUUAUGGUUGAUAGGAAGGCAGCCUUCAAAAAUCAUAAAGAUGCAGAAUAUAUCGAUCCAUUUCCGAUACCAUUGAUUUUACUCGGUGCGAAAUACGACGAAUUUCAGGACUACGAACCUGAACAACGAAAAAAUAUAUGCAAAUUCCUUCGUUUCUUGGCACAUACGAAUGGAGCCACUCUCGCGAUGUUCAGCAGCAAAAUGGAAAAGUUGGUGACUAAAAUUCGAAUUCUUCUCAGUAGUGUUGUUUUCGGUGCUACAGCUCCAAAAACGAUCUGCACUGAUUACAACCAACCAUUAUCAGUACCUUGCGGUGCGGACUCGCUAGUGGAUAUUGGAGCUCCUCCUCUUAUUAACUCAUCAUUAUCGCUUAUUGGGGCUAUGAAUCCUCGCGACAUAUGGCAUGAAGCAUAUUUUGAGCUUUUUCCAGCCAGAGAAAAGCAUAACGAAAGAGAAGACGAUCCAGCCGAAGAUAUGCAACACAGAGAACCGGAAAUUGAUGAACUGAUCGAACAGCGCACACGCGAACUUGAACAGUACAUGCAACACAAGAAGGAUCGAGCUGCAUUAGAAGCCAAAACACAACAAAUGGCCUACCAUCAUAAUGAAGUGCUCGGAAAUUUGUAA